AUGGUUGCACUCUUCUCCCCGGAUUCAAAGUAUCGCUGCAGCGGAGUACUACUCUCGAAGCGCUGGGUUCUUACUGCUGCACAUUGUGACAUAACCACCUCCUGGACCGCUUUGAUUGCCGGCCGCCAAGCUUCAUCGGGAGCGCCCCGAGGCAUUUCGGCCGUCUACCUCGCAGAUUCUCCAGGCUUCACUGUGGAAGUCAGAGAUUCAGCUCUUCUUAAACUCUCCCAGGAUGCCCCGCCUAUUGCUAAGUUCAUCUCGAUCAACGCAGAUCCUCGGCUUCCUCCUGUUCAAGCUUUUGUAAGAAUCGUUGGCUACGGUCGUGAAAUAGAGGGGGAGGAAGUGUCGGACAACAAGCUCCGACAGGUCGACAUCCCCGUCACUACAUUUUCUUUUUGCAAAAGUGUUUUCAAUACCAUCACCGAAGAUAAGGUUUGCGCCGGGUAUGCUAAUGGUGCUUGUGACUCGUGCCAGGGUGACAGCGGAGGUCCUGUCCUUCUCUACGACAGCAAUCGCAGACCCAUCGUUGUGGCAACGGUCUCCUCAGGUAUUGGUUGUGCACGGCCCGCAAUCCCGGGCGUCUACAUGCGCACGUCCGCCAUAAUCGACUGGGCUACCAGCGUCGGCGCCGAAUUCAGCAUUGCAGGGGAUGCCGACAUCAUCCUAGACGACACUCCCCCGCUCUCUCCUUUACCGAAACCAUCCCCACGACCAUCCUCAACCGUAUUCCCAACCCCUUCCAACUUACCCCUUCCGACGGUAUGCCCUGUUGUGUUACCGCCGCAUCCUCCCCUACCGCAAUCUGCACCCCGCAUUGUUGGUGGAAGCUUGUCCUCCUCCCUCACGGCAAGUUACAUAGCUUCCAUCAGUUCUUCAAGCGAGUACCGCUGCUCAGGCGUGCUUAUAUCCAGACGUUGGAUUCUAACUACGGCAGGAUGCCGCGUCGAGAAGUCAUGGGUCGUGAGGUUGGGGGGUCUCACCGCACUUUCUGGAGAGGAACGCAGCAUCGACCGCAUCCUUGUUCCUACGCAAACAAACUUGACUUUCCCGACAGGCUUUUCCGAGGAUAUUGCCAUCGUCAGACUGACAAAGGAUGCUCCGAAUACUGCCAUUUUCGCGAAGCUUAACGGCAAUGCGAAUAUACCUGAAAGUAAUGCUUUCGCGCGUGCAGUAGGAUAUGGCCGAACGGAUCCUGUAGGGGUUGGCCGCGGGGGCGAAGACUUGAGACAAGUUGACGUACCAAUUGCACAAAGGAAUAACUGUUACAAAGCUUAUGAGUGGAUGACCACAGACAGAGUUUGUGCUGGAUAUCGUGAAGGCGGGUGUGAUGCUUGUUUCGGUGAUGGUGGUGGCCCACUUCUGCAGUUUGACAAGAACAAUGACCCGGUUGUUGUUGGCUUAUCUUCUGGUGGUUUGGGAUGUGCUUUGCCAGAUUUUCCGGGGGUGUAUAUGCAGGUCGCGCCCUUCCUGUCUUGGAUGCAAAGUGUAGGGGCGGACUUCACAGUCACCCGAAGUGCAGUCCAAGUCUCCAACUUAACACCGCCGUCGCCGAAGCCAGGAUCGGACGACGUCACAGCCACCCCAUCAGCUCCGCCCAUCCCUACCGGAAUAAGACCAUCCCUGGAACCGCCCUCCCCGGGCAAUACUACGGGAUCGGAGUGCCCCACAAUACUCCCUCAACUUGCACCGAAGAACAAGGACCGCAUACUUGGUGGCGCUCAAUCAUCCGAGAAAGCAGCAAGAUACAUGGCCGCGCUAUGGGAUACAGGCGGCAUGUACCGAUGCUCAGGCAUUCGUUUAUCCCGUCGUUGGGUGCUCACAGCCGGAGUCACAUGUGGAGUGACAAAGGAAUGGACUGUGACUUUAGGCCAAACGACGACGGCUUCCGGAAGAAAGUUUUCAAUCGUGGAGGUAUUCAAUGCAUCGAAUGGCACAGAUUUCAAGGAGAUAACGUUGAUACGGCUGACAGACAUCGUCUUCCCCGCGCCGAGUUUCGCACGGGUAAACAUAGAUAUGGCUGUGCCUGCCGCAAAUUCGUACGCCCGAGUUCUGGGGUACGGAGCCAUGGAGGUUGCAAAUUUUGCUCCAGACGGACUGCAACUACGGCAAGUCGAUCUUCCAGUUUCUUCCAUGGACGAAUGUCGGGAGGCAUGGCAAGCGGACUUUCUCUUUGCCAACCUCGUCUGUGCGGGAUAUACAACCAGAGACUGUGGAAUAUGCUGGAGAGAUGAAGGCGGUCCAUUGAUACAGUUUGAUGAACAGAAUCGCCUCGUUGUUGUCGGCGCAGCUUUUGCCAAUGUCGAGUGCGGAACAGCGGGGGUUCCAAGUCUGUUUGCUAAGACCGCGUCAGUUGUUGAGUGGAUGAGAGACAUUGGCGUAGAUUUUAUUGCGUCUGGCUCGGUGAAGUCAGUUUUUGGUCCUGGAGAGAUUUCAUCGUAAGGAGAGAGCCGUUGACUUCCAAAUUGUCAUGUCCAGAUCUGAGGCCCGAUCUCGUCAGGCCGAUCGGGAGCUCCAUAGUAGUCGGUGCAUCAUCACCAUUCUGAAGUCUUUUGUCAUCUUCAUUUUGUCACUACGGCUUUGUUCGCGAACGCGAGAAGCUUCUCUCUCUUCUCGCUUGCCGCCCAAUGGAGUCGAAUGUAUAACCCUUGAAUAAGGGGGGCAAUAGACGCAAUGCUGUCUCUCCAAGGAUUGUCUGUCUGGAACAAAACAAAUUCUCAGAUGAAACUGAAGCGCAACCAGGCUUUGGAAUUUUCCGUUUAUACUUCCCCAUUCAACUUGGGUUGUGCAAGAGGCCUUUUCGUUGCCGGACUUUGGUACAGUAGGUUAUGUGCGUCUUUGCCAGGUCUCCGAAUUUUUUAUAGAGAAUAAGUUUCUGACGAGGAAGCCGUACUGUACUGUAGGUGGAUGUAUUUUGUCACGGAAGUAGCCGUAGAGGACAGAGUGAACAUUACAGUAGCUCCUGUCUCAGGAAGGAGCGUAAAGUUGUAACUGCGUUAA